GCACUUGCAACGAUUUUGCAAUGCGGUGAGAUGACUGAUAAACAUGACGGGGAGUCGAGAAUUGUUGGUGGAGAAAUUGCAAACAAAGGACAAUUUUUAUUUCCGGUCUCCUUACAAUAUUAUGGUCAACACAUAUGUGGGGGCAGUUUGAUUCGAAAUGACACUGUACUGACAGCUGCCCAUUGCGUGGAAGAUACGAAGCCAGAUCACUACAAAGUAGCUGCAGGUAUUUUCAGAUUAAAAAAUAUUCCAAAGAAUAGCAUAAUGAAAGUAACCAAAAUUGUCAAACACAAAAUGUACGGCAUCAACGAAUCUUACGUGCACGAUAUAGCAGUACUGAAGGUAAAAACUAGGACUGGACAUUCUGGUAAAAUAAUACAAUUAAAUGACAAGCCGGUUAAAGAAGGAGCUAAUUGCACUGUCGUGGGCUGGGGAGAUUUGUAUCAGGGAUCAAACUAUGGCAGUGAUGCACUACGUUUCGUUAAUAUUUCUAUAGUUUCAAGAGUAUUGUGCGCCAAAAUAUAUCAGUCAUUAUUAACUAAUGAUAUGUUAUGUGCAGGUCAAAGUGGCAAAGAUUCUUGUCAGGGAGAUUCAGGAGGGCCACUCGUGUGCGACAAUAAACUAACAGGUAUUGUUUCUUUUGGAGCAGGCUGUGGCGAUGUACCUGGUGUAUAUACCGAUGUCUCACAUUACUUAACAUGGAUCAAAAAAGCUCAAAAUGAUGGAAGUGUUAUCAAAAAUUCACUAUAUCUACCUAUAAUAUCAGUCAUAACAAUUGUUGCUAUUCAAAACACUUGGAAACAAAAAUUAUUGGAGGUGAAUUUGCAAGAGAAGGCCAAUUUCUAUACCCAGUAA